CACUGGCAAGUGAUACCAGCACAGACAUCGCAAUUCUAUCUUUACAAAUUUAAUCACAAAUAAAAAGCUGACACAAAACUACAGCCAGAUUCAACACAUGUACAAACCAGCCAUUUUUUGUUUCACCCUAUAUAGCUGAGCUCAGAUGAUAUAUGACCCAGUUUUACAUAAAGUCCUUUUGCGCAGACAGAAAAAGAAAAGACAAAUUAGAGAAUUUAUAGUAACAUUAUUAACAAAAAGAAAAAAACUGAGCUUGCAUAUAUACACUACUAAUUAACCAAUUGCAUAGUAAACAGCUGAACUUAUUGAUGGACCAAGAAAUUUGAAAAAUGCAUUCAUCAUAUUUCCACUAAUUGUUGUUAUUGAAAUUGUAUGUCUUCACCAUGUGACCCUUUUACCUUUCGUUUGGGUUGAAAUGUAUCAGUAGAGGUCUUUUGAGGUCAUUGCUGCAGUUCUGCUCUCCACCAGAGGGAGAGAUGCUGUGUCACGGCUGUUAAAUCAGGACACCCCCCCUCCCCCCUAUCCUGCAGUGACAAUAGCACGGCUUACAUCCAAUGUAAGCCUAUCGAGCCUGCAUUGUCAGAGUUUGGGGAAAGCGCUUGCGUCAGAGAUCACUGUCCUGCUAUAAAAGCACAGGCUGCUGCAGCAGCAAGCAGUCGAGGCUUAAACCUGAGCCCUGCAUACACCUCCACACACACACAUACACAAAGAGGAGAGGGAGAGCAGCCUAUCCUCCCAGCACUCAGCCAUGAGUAGCAUCGGAUAUGACCCAUACUACUCCACCUCGUCGUACAGACGCUGGUAUGUCGAGGCUCCCCCUCGUGUGGUGACCAGAGGGAGGACCCAUUCCGUCUACUCCUCCCAUGCUUCCCCGCUGUCCUCCUCUCGUCUGCAGUACUCCACUCCCGGCCGAGUGCUGCUCUCCUCCUCCUCAACAGCCCACUCCCUGGAGCUGGAGCUCAGCCAGGCGGCCCAGAUCAGCUCCGAUUUCCGCACCAUACGCACCCAAGAGCGCUCCCAGCUGCAGGACCUCAAUGACCGCUUUGCUGGCUUUAUAGAACGAGUGCGUGACCUAGAGCAGCAGAACCGUGCACUGGAGGCAGAACUACUGCUGCUGAGGCAGAGGCACACUGAGCCGUCCCGCCUGAGAGCCCUGUACGAGCAAGAGGCCCGCUCCCUGAGAGCUGCUGUGGAUGAGGCCAGAGCCGAACAGCAGGCUGUCCUGGGACAGAGAGAGCGACUGGAACAAACCCUGAGUGCCUUGCAGGGUCGAUAUGAGGAGGAAGUGCUGGCUCGUGAGGAGGCUGAGAGCAGGCUGAUGGAGGCCCGUCGUGAGGCUGACCAGGCCGCCUUAGCUAAGGCCGAGCUGGAGAAGAGUGUGGAAACCUUGCUUGAGGAGCUGGCCUUCCUCAAGAGGAUUCACGAGGGCGAAGUGGCCGAGCUUCAGGCCCAAGUUCAGCUGGGUGUCCAGGUGGCCGUAGAGUCCGAGGCUGCCACUCCGGACCUCUCUGGGGCUCUCAGGGAUAUCCGGUCCCAGUAUGAGAGGCUGGCAGCAAGGAACAUGCAGGCAGCUGAAGAGUGGUUCAGAGGGAAAGUGGGUUCUAUGACUGAAACCGUGGCCCAGCACACCGACGCAGUGAGGAGCUCAAAGGACGAAGCAGGAGAGUACCGACGCCAGCUCCAGACCCGCCUGCUGGAGAUUGAUGCAUGCAGAGGCCUUAAUGAGUCCCUGGAGAAACAGCUGCAUGAGAUGGAGGAGAAGCAGAGUGCAGAGAUAGCCGCUAUGCAGGACACAAUUGGAGAGUUGGAGGGUGAGCUGAGGGGCACCAAACAGGAAAUGGCACGCUACCUGAAGGAGUACCAGGACCUUCUGAACGUCAAGAUGGCUCUGGAUAUCGAGAUUGCUGCAUACAGGAAGCUCUUGGAAGGGGAGGAGUCUCGCUUCAAUGUGGGAAUGGGUGGGGGAGUGUCCUCUCUCUAUAGCCACAGUUUGUCAGCGCCCUCCUUCGCCCGGCCCGUCCUCUCCAGCCUGAGCUCCGGUGCCUCCUACCUGAUGACAUCACGCCUCCUCAGCUCCAGCGUCAGCACCACCGAGGGGAUCAUCUCUGCCAGCCACGCCCAGCAAGCAGAGGCCACUCCAUCCAAGGAAGAGGAGGAGAAAGAGGAGGAGGAGGUGAAGGAGGAAGAGGAAGAGGAGAAGGAAGAAGAGGCAGGAGAGGAGACGGAGGAGAAGAAGGAGGAGGAGGAGGAAGAAGAGGAAGAGGGAGAUAAAGAGAAAGAAGAUGAAGAGGAGGCUAAGGAAGGAGAUGAAGAGGCUAAGGAGGGAGAAGAAGAGGGAGGUGAUGAAGAGGAGCAAAAGGAAGAGGUGACAGAAGCAGCUGAAGAUGAGGGGGAGAAAGAAGACAAAGAAGAAGGAGAAGAGACUGAAGUGAAAGAAGAAGAAGCACAAGAGGAGGAGAAAACAGAAGAGGCUGAUGACAAAGACGAGGACGCCAAGGAGGAAGAAGAAAAAAAAGAGGAGGAAGAAGAAAAGAAGAGUGACGAGACAGACGAUAAAACCGAUGCCAAGGAAGAAGACAAAGCUGACGACAAAGAUGACAAAGCCGCUCCAAAAACAGAUGACAAAGCUGACGCCAAAAAGGAGAAAGAUGAAGGAAAAGCAGCCAAAGCUGAAGCUGCAGAAGAAAAGACCAAAGAAGACACAAAGGAUAAAAAGUAAGCCAGUAGCCUCAGCAAACCAGUCAAGACUGUCCACAUACAAACCUCAACCCAGUAACCAGUAGAGGCAUCAGCGCAAUCCUCUCGAAUCUGCUUGUUGACAUGGUGCUCAAUGAAAACAGUCCAAUAGCCAAUUACAGCAACAAAUCAAGGUUAACUGCUUGCUUGCCAAUAUCCAGAGUAGUCCAUAAAGGUUUGGUGCUUCCUUCUUGAAUGUAUUAUGUGUAAUUGCUCAAUGCAAAAAUGAAUGUGUGAGUGUCUGGUGGCUAAAU